GGGAUGAACAAUCACACAACAGUGACCGAAUUCAUUCUCCUAGGAUUCAGGAAUCAUCCAGAACUUCAGUGUCUUCUUUUUGUGGUGUUUUCAGUCAUCUAUAUGAUCACCGUUUUUGGAAAUCUCGGUAUGAUCCUGUUAAUCAAGAUUGACUCUCACCUCCACACACCGAUGUACUUUUUCCUUAGCAACUUAUCCCUUGUCGACUUCUGUUAUUCUUCAGUCAUUGUGCCUAAAAUGUUGGUAAAUUUCUGGGCAAAAAACCCAGUUAUUUCAUUUAAUGAAUGUGCCACUCAAUUCUUCUUCUUUGGGUCCUUCGCUGGCAUUGAGGGCUUCCUGUUGGCUGUGAUGGCGUAUGGCCGUUAUGUAGCCAUUUGUAAGCCCCUUCUUUACACUGUCAUGAUGUCCCCCCAUCUCAAUGUCCUCCUGGUGUUGGCUACGUACCUCGCAGGCUUUAUUAAUGCUGCCAUUCACACGGGCUUCACCUUCCGGCUGUCCUUCUGCCACUCGAACGUCAUCAAUCACUUUUUCUGUGACACCCCACCCCUCCUGAAACUAUCCUGUUCUGACACACAUAUCAAUGAGAUUGUUAUUUUUGCUUUUGCCAGUUUCAAUGAACUCAGUUGUCUCCUCAUGAUUCUCAUUUCCUACUUCUACAUUCUCCUUGCCAUCUUGAAGAUCCAUUCUGCAGAAGGAAGACACAAAGCCUUUUCUACCUGUGCUUCCCACUUGUUGGCAGUCACCAUAUUUUUUGGGACAAUCUUGUUCAUGUAUUUGCGCCCCAGCUCCAGCUACUCAAUGGACCAGGACAAAGUGGUGUCUGUGUUUUACACUGUGGUCAUUCCCAUGUUGAAUCCUCUCAUCUAUAGUCUGAGAAACAAGGAGGUCAAAGCUUCCAUACACAAAAUUUGUAAAUUGUAA